AUGGGCGUCGCGAUGGGUGCCGUUCUGUACUGCCUACCGGCUUUGGCAACUGCCAGAGGCAUUUCCGGGCCGGAGUACGUGGGAGCCAAAUUUGCAGGACCCUCGCGACAACGAGUGGGUCCCGCCGAAGAUAAUCUGGAGGUCCAGAGUGCCUCUGACUCAAGCUGA